GUUUAUUGCACUUCUUUUGGAAGUUCUAGAUGAUAUUUUCCUAUUAAAGAAUGUUUGAAUUCCGAUAAAGUAAGUAGAUAUUAAGCCAAUCGACCAAAAAAAUAGAUAUUAAGCCAACUACAAAACACUCAUCACAUUGUUAACCAGACUGAAAUUCUUGAUCGUCCAAGCUGUAUACGUUUCAUUUUGAGGUUACUAUUCGGGUUAUUUUGGUGGAUCCCUCAGAAUGAGUUGGUACUCAUGGUGGACAGGCUCUCUUGGCUCUAGAGCUGGGAGAGUCCAGCAACACGUUGAAGUCUCAGAAAUAAGAUCCGACAAGCAAAGAGUAGCCCUGAUUAUAGGAGUCACAGGAAUUGUGGGCAAUAGCUUGGCUGAAAUCUUGCCUUUGUCAGACAUUCCUGGUGGACCCUGGAAAGUUUAUGGUGUCGCCAGGAGGCCUAAGCCUAAUUGGUCUCCAGAUACUCCAGUUGAAUACAUCCAAUGUGAUGUGCUAAACAGAGGAGAAACUUUAGAAAGGAUUUCUACUUUGAAGGAUGUAACUCAUCUUUUUUGGGUUUGUUGGGUUAAUAGAGAGACAGAGGAACAGAACUGUGAAGACAAUGGAAGAAUGUUCAAUAAUGUCUUAGACGCACUACUGCCUAAUGCCGAAAACCUUGAGCAUAUCUGUCUGCAGACUGGUGGGAAACACUACAUAGGUUCAUUUGAUAAUUUUACCAAAGAUAAAAAUUUUCAGCCCCAUGAGCCACCCUUUCAUGAAGAGCUUACUAGGCUACCUGGGCCAAAUUUCUACUACACUCUUGAAGAUAUACUGUUUGAUGCUGCCAAGAAGAAAAAGGGACUAACUUGGUCCAUUCACCGCCCCACACACAUAUUUGGCUUCUCUCCUUGGAGCUUAAUGAACAUCAUUGGUACUCUCUGUGUCUAUGCUUCCAUUUGCAAAUACGAGGGGCUUUCUUUCAAAUAUCCGGGCAAUAGAAUCACUUGGGAACAAUUUAUGGAUGCAUCUGAUGCUGAAUUGAUUGCAGAGCAAGAAAUAUGGGCUGCUACGGAACCUUGUGCCAAGAACCAAGCCUUCAAUUGUUCUAAUGGUGAUGUUGUUAAGUUUAAAAAACUGUGGAAACAUAUCGCAGAGAAAUUUGAGCUGGAAAUGUUACCAUAUGAAGGUGAAGGAUUUAGUCUGGCUGAAACAAUGAAAGACAAAGGACCUAUAUGGGAGGCAAUUGUGAAAGAAAAUAAUUUAUGCCCCACCAAACUCGAGGAAGUUGGAACUUGGUGGUUUGCAGACCUUGUACUUAAUGUUCCAUUUGAGGGUGUCUAUAGCAUGAACAAAAGUAAGGAGUAUGGUUUCUUUGGGUUUCGUAACACAGAAUCUUCUUUGCUAUCAUGGAUUGACAAAAUGAAGUUAUCUAAGAUUAUUCCAUAUUCCCAUCGUGUUCUGAGGUGGGAUACCCUUGAAAGGUGGGAUGCUCUUGUUUUUGUACUUGUAAAGCUGAACUUUUCACAUUCGGGUUCUUUUAUUGCAUCUUUCAGAAUGAGUCGGUACUCAUGGUCGACAGGCUCUCUUGGUUCUAGAGCUGGGAGAGUCCAGCAAAACGUUGAAGUCUCAGAACUAAAAUCCGACAAGCAAAGAGUAGCCCUGAUUAUAGGAGUCACAGGAAUUGUGGGCAAUAGCUUGGCUGAAAUCUUGCCUUUGUCAGACACUCCUGGUGGACCCUGGAAAGUUUAUGGUGCUGCCAGGAGGCCUAAGCCUGAUUGGUCUCCAAAUAAUCCUGUUGAAUACAUCCAAUGUGAUGUGCUAAACAGAGGAGAAACUCUAGAAAGGAUUUCUACUUUGAAGGAUGUAACUCAUCUUUUUUGGGUUUGUUGGGUUAAUAGAGAGACAGAGGAACAGAACUGUGAAGACAAUGGAAGAAUGUUCAAUAAUGUCUUAGACGCACUACUGCCUAACGCCGAAAAUCUUGAGCAUAUCUGUCUGCAGACUGGUGGGAAACACUACAUAGGUUCAUUUGAUAAUUUGACCAAAAAUGAAAAAUUUCAGCCCCAUGAGUCACCCUUUCAUGAAGAGCUGACUAGGCUACCUGGGCCAAAUUUCUACUACACUCUUGAAGAUAUACUGUUUGAUGCUGCCAAGAAGAAAAAGGGACUAACUUGGUCCAUUCACCGCCCCACAAACAUAUUUGGCUUCUCUCCUUGGAGCCUAAUGAAUAUCAUUGGUACUCUCUGUGUCUAUGCUUCCAUUUGCAAAUACGAGGGGCUUUCUUUCAAAUACCCGGGCAAUAGAAUCACUUGGGAACAAUUUAUGGGUGUAUCUGAUGCUGAAUUGAUUGCAGAGCAAGAAAUAUGGGCUGCUACGGAGCCCUGUGCCAAGAACCAAGCCUUCAAUUGUACUAAUGGUGAUGUUGUUAAAUGGAAAAAACUGUGGAAACAAAUCGCAGAGAAAUUUGAGCUGGAAAUGUUACCAUAUGAAGGUGAAGGAUUUAGUCUGGCUGAAGCAAUGAAAGACAAAGGACCUAUAUGGGAGGCAAUUGUGAAAGAAAAUAAUUUAUGCCCCACCAAAAUCGAGGAAGUUGGAACUUGGUGGUUUGUAGACCUUAUGCUUAAUAUUCCAUUUGAGGCUGCCUUUAGCAUGAACAAAAGUAAGGAGUAUGGUUUCUUUGGGUUUCGUAACACAGAAUCUUCUUUGCUAUCAUGGAUUGACAAAAUGAAGUUAUCUAAGAUUAUUCCAUAGCUAAAAUCGGCAGGCCUGAAACCUAUUACCAGUCAGUAGGAAUAUCGACUAGCCUGGAGUGAGCUACAUGGUAUGUCUAAUAUUUAGUUGUAUUGUUUCUACUGCACCAUAAAUAAAAUGCUUUUAAAUGGAACUGCUAGUUCCCAUCGUGCUCUAAGGUGGGAUACUCUUGUUUUUGUACUUUUGUACUUGCAAAGCUGAACUUUUCCUGCCUCGUCCAUUUGUUUUUUGUAUUUUAAGCUUUGACAAUAACAAUUGCAAUGAACUUUUCAGUUUUUUGUAUCUAAAAUGA